CUAAAAUCUAUCUAUCUCUAUCUCCCGUAAUAAAAUUCGGAGAAAGAGGAAAACCCUAAUCCUCUCUUUCUCUCGGAUCGUUCAUAAAUAAACAAAUUAACUACUUAAUUAAUAGAUGAAGAUGAGGAAGCUUUGUCCGAAUCUAGACAAUGAAGACGGGUUAGAGACGGUGUUAGAGGUCCCUGUACCGGAAGAAAUGUUUACGAAGAUGGGAAGCAACGCGACGGGACGGUGGAGGAAUAUGCACGCUCUUAUGAAGGCGCAUGCCGUCGUGACAGCAGUCGCGGCUGACAUGAGAACGCCAGCGUCUUCUUCGUCGAUGAGUAAUGUUAAUAUGCAUUUGCAGUCAAAAUCAGACAACGAGUUUGUGGCGUUGUUGAAGAUCGUGGGAAGUCCUCUUAUUCCUUUUCAUGUUCCUCUCGAGUUCUGUCUCUCCCGACCCAUCAAUGACACUUCCAUCGAGGCGUCAACAGCUAAGUAUAUAGUGCAGCAGUACGUGGCUGCGUGUGGAGGUCCAGCCGCUUUGAAUGCAGUGAAGAGCAUGUACGCAGUGGGGCAGGUGAGGAUGCAAGGCUCAGAGAUGGUUGCUGGAGAGGAUGAAGGGACCACUACUACGCCGGUGCGGCUGGGGAAAGGCAAUUUUGAAGUCGGAGGUUUUGUUUUAUGGCAGAAGAAUCCAAACCUUUGGUUCUUGGAGCUGGUGGUUUCCGGUUUCAAGAUUAGCGCCGGUAGUGACGGCAAAGUGGCUUGGAACCAAUCAUCUACCCAACCUUCCCAGGCUCACCGUGGCCCUCCCCGCCCUCUCCGACGUUUUUUUCAGGGACUUGACCCGAGGUGCACGGCUAGUCUAUUUCUAGACGCCGUUUGCAUCGGCGAACAAACCGUAAACAACGAAGACUGUUUCGUCUUAAAGGUAGAGACACCGGCAGAUAUUCUCAAGGCGCAGUGUUCGCCUAAUACGGAGGUGAUCCACCACACGGUGUGGGGUUACUUCAGCCAACGGACGGGACUUCUCGUGAAAUUCGGUGACACAAAGCUCGUGAGAGUCAAAUCCGCUAGGGGCAAGAGCGACGGUGUAUUUUGGGAGACAAGCAUGGAGUCAAUCAUUGACGACUACAAGUACGUUGACUCGGUUAACAUAGCACACGGUGGUCGAACGUUGACCACGCUUUAUCGUUAUGGAGGAGCUGUUAACCACCGGAGACGAAUAGAGGAGAAAUGGACGAUUGAGGAAGUGGAUUUUAAUAUUUGUGGUUUGUGUUUGGAGAGCUUCUUGCCACCGUCGGAUAUGAACAAUGAUCAUUAGCUACGGUCGAGAUCGUUACCCUCUUCUCUGAUCUAUCUUUCAUUGUUAGAAUAUUGGUUUGGUUUUGAAAGUUAGGUUUCUUAAAAAAAAAUGGAGAUACACUUGAGAUUUGGUAUACGUGGGAGCGAGUGGUUUUGAUUUUUGUCUACAGAAAUAGAGGAUGUAAAUGAAACGUAAUUGUAAAACAUAUA